AUGAAGACUGAGGUCCAGGCUUCAAAAUCCUUCCUGACGAAAGUUUCAUCUUCUGAGACAAGGCUUUCUGAGAAUGUCUCGGAAAUCCAGUCUUGGGAGUACAGGGGCCCAAAGACCUGGUCUACAACGGCCUUGGUUUCAGAGGCCAGGGCUGCGCAAGCUGAGGCCUGGGAGACCCAGGCUUGGGAGGCUCAAUCCAGGACCAACCAACCUAGGCGGACCUCUGUGUUAGAGGCAGAUGGUGCAUCAGACAAGGGCAAGGAACCUUCAGCUGAGAAGCUGCAGGUGACAGAGAAGGAGCAGGAUGAGGUCCUUCCCACCCGUCCAUUCUGGUCUAACAAGAUUGACUACAUCCUGGCCCAGGUGGGCUACUCCUUGAGACCGUUCACCCUCUGGCACAUACCCCAUCUGUGGCUUCAUGACGGAGGUAGCAGUUUUCUCAUCAUCUACAUCCUCAUGCUGUUCUUGAUUGGGAUUCCUCUCCUCUUCCUGGAGAUGGCAGUUGGUCAGGGGCUGCGUCAGGGCAGCCUCGGUGUAUGGAAGGUCUUCAGCCCCUGGCUUGGUGGUGUGGGUUAUGCCAGCUUCAUGGUGUGUGUCACUGUGGGCUUGUACUUCAAUGUGGCCAAUUCCUGGAGCCUCUUCUACUUGGGUGAAUCCUUCCAGUUUCCUCUUCCCUGGGAGAGAUGUCCCUUACUGAAGAACUCCAGUGGUUUUGAUGCUGAAUGUUUACGAACAACACCCUCCGUGUACUUCUGGUACCGCCUGACCUUGGAGGCCUCAGACAAAAUUGAUGAUGGUGGGCCACCAGUCUUCCAUCUGAACCUGUCCCUCCUUUUGUCCUGGUUUCUUGUUGUUAGCAUCAUGAUCAGCGGGCUCAAGAGCAUUGGGAAGGCAAUGUACAUCUUGGUGGUGUCCCUCUAUUUCAUCAUCUUCGGUUUCCUCAUCCGGAGUCUCCUGCUGGACGGGGCAUUAUUUGGCCUUCAACAUUUGGUGUUUUCCAAGAUAUCGGCUCUGUAUUCCAUAAAAGUGUGGCACCAAGCAGGGAUCCAAGUUUUGUUUGCCCUGGGCCUAGGCUUUGGCACCAUCGCCUCCUUCUCGUCGUACAUGCCUCAGUCCAACAACUGUCUCAACGACGCCUUUGUUAUGGCCGUGGCCAACCUGGGCUCCAUGAUGCUUGCCACACCAGCGAUCUUCUCUCUGAUGGGCUUCUGGGUCACAGUCAUCAUACACCGCUGCAACGAGAAGAAUGCUGAGAUACUCAUAAAGCUUGUAGCCCAGGGAGAACUGCCUCCUGAGGCCCGGCCCCCUGUAAGCCUGCAUGAUAACCCGACAGUGAUCUUCACCACCUGGCUCAACGGCCUUCCGCAGACCAUCAAGAGCAUGGUCCUCAGCAAGGUGACUGAGUGCGAUAUAGAGAAAGAGAUUUUGAAGGUCAGUAAAGGUCCAAGCUUUGCCUUCCUGGCCUUCACUGAAGCCCUGGCACUAAUUCCUGGGUCAGAUGUAUGGUCCAUCAUCUUCUUCCUGUUGCUGGUGAUCCUGGGGCUGAGCACCAUGGUAGGGAUCAUGCAGGGCAUCAUCACCCCACUCCAGGACACCUUCCCCUCCCUCCGGAAACACACCAAGCUGCUGACAGUGUGUGUCUCUUUGUUCCUGUACCUGGGCAACCUCUUCUUCAUUCGGCCUUCGGGUAUCUACUUCAUAAAACUGCUGAAUGACUACUGGACUGUUCUACCCAUCGUUGUCAUCAUCAUUUUUGAAAACGCGGCCGUGGCCUGGGCCUAUGGGGCCAGGAGGUUCCUUAGAGACCUGAAAAUAAUGUUGGGCUGCCCCAUCUCACCCUUCUAUCGUUGGCUGUGGUGCUAUCUGUCUCCAUUUGUGCUGCUAGUCCUGUUUGUGACCAGCCUGAUUCACUUGUGUCUGAACACCAUCACCUACGUGGCCUGGGACUCAAGCACUUCAAAAGAGGUGAUUCAGCAAUACCCACCAUGGACGCUGCUCUUGAUCGCCCUCCUUUUUGUCAUUGUCAUCCUACCCAUCCCCACGUACUGUAUAUACUACUACAUCCAUGGGGGCCCUGUCAGCCCCACGACCUGGGAUGGGUCUAUAUUAUUCAUAAGCAAUCAGGUAAUACCCAGUACAGAGGCCCAAAACAAGGAAAUCUUACUAGAUGAUAAAACAAAUUGCUGA